GGUCUUUCUUUUGACGUUGUCCAGCACUUGCAUCGCCGGCGUCUUUACAGAUUUUUUUGCAAUUUGCAAUUUUUGUGCCGAAAAAGCAAAGAAUAAGAACCUUUCCUAUAACAGUUAAUUUUUACUAAAGAUAAACUUCAACGAAAAUGGCAGCCGCUAUUGAUGGCGUUUUCCCGGCGUCCUUGCAGGAGCUGGUGAAAAAGUCAAAGGUCCUGGUCGUGGGAGCUGGUGGAAUUGGUUGCGAGGUGCUGAAGAACCUUGUCCUCAGCGGCUUCACGGAUAUCGAAAUUAUCGAUCUGGAUACCAUAGAUUUGAGCAACUUGAACCGCCAGUUCCUCUUUCAUCGCGAGCACGUUGGGAAGUCAAAGGCGCGUGUGGCGCGUGAGAGUGCUUUGAGCUUCAAUCCAGAUGCCAAAAUUACCGCCUACCAUGACAGCGUUACAUCGACCGAUUAUGGUGUUAACUUUUUCAAGAAGUUCGACGUUGUCCUGAGUGCUUUGGACAAUAGGGCUGCCAGAAAUCACGUGAAUCGAAUGUGCUUGAACGCAGAUGUCCCCUUGGUCGAAAGUGGCACCUCUGGUUACAAUGGCCAGGUGGAGCUAAUCAAGCGGGGCCUGACACAGUGCUAUGAGUGUAUGCCGAAGGAGGCGCAGCGCAGUUUCCCAGGAUGCACAAUUCGUAAUACUCCUUCAGAGCCGAUCCACUGCAUUGUGUGGGCCAAGCAUCUGUUCAAUCAACUCUUUGGCGAGUCUCAGGAGGAUGAGGACAUUUCUCCCGAUGCCGCCGAUCCAGAUGCUAAGGAUGCUUCAGAAAAAGAAGGGGAGUCAACUACUGUGAGCAACGAAAAGGAUAAAGAAGCCGAAGAUACCGCCAACGGCAAUGUGGUGCGCAUUAACACGCGACAGUGGGCCAAGGACUGCAACUACGAUGCCGGCAAGCUCUUCAACAAGUUCUUUAACGAGGAUAUCAACUAUUUGCUGCAAAUGUCGAAUCUUUGGAAGACCCGCAAGGCACCUGUUCCCGUUCAAUGGGAUACUCUGUUGCCAGAAGGCGCGGCCGAUGGCGAGAAGGAGUUUGCCAAGCAGCAUCACAAGGUAUGGAGCGUUGAGGAGUGCGCCCACAUCUUUGCCAAUGCUUUGAAGGAGCUGAGUGCCUCUUUCCUGAAGCUAGAAGGGGAUGAUACUUUGGUGUGGGACAAGGACGACCGGCCCGCCAUGGACUUUGUGGCCGCCUGCGCCAACGUUCGCUCGCACAUCUUCAACAUAGAGCAAAAGUCUCGAUUCGAAAUCAAGUCGAUGGCGGGCAACAUUAUACCAGCUAUUGCCACAACUAAUGCCAUUACGGCGGGUAUUUCCGUGAUGCGGGCAUUCAACGUAUUGGAAUCAAAGUGGGAACAGUGCAAGGCCGUCUAUACCCGCUUGCGGCUGAACGCACGCAACCAGAUCCUUGUACCGGAACUGUUCUUCCCCAAGCCCAAUCCCAACUGCUAUGUGUGCUCCAGUGACCCGGCUAUAGGACUCAAAAUCGACACCAAGAAAGUGAACAUAAAGCAGCUGCGCGACGACGUUCUCGUCAAGACACUCAACAUGCUCAAUCCUGAUGUUACGGUGGAAAGCACGGGCUCGAUCCUGAUAUCCUCAGAGGAGGGUGAAACCGAGUGCAACGAGGAUAAGCUACUGGCUGAUAUGAACAUCGUGGAUGGCGUGAUCCUUAAGUGUGACGACUUUUUCCAAAACUACGAGCUGAGCAUUAUAAUUUCACACUUCGAUUCCGAGCGGGAUGAGGCUGUGUUCGAAGUUGUUGCCGAUCCCAAGCAACUGCAACCGAAGGAGCAGGAUAAGGAGGAAAGCGUAGCAGCUCCCGAAGAAACCAAAGUUGCCAAGAAACGAUCUGCUAAUGGAAAUGAAGUUGCCGCCGACGAAGGACCAUCUACUUCUAAGAAGAGUCGCCCCACGAUAGUCGAGGACGACGACGACGAUGACUGUCUGUUGAUCGAGGAUGAGGAUGAGACUGCACAGGAGGAAGCUCCCGUCGCCAGUGAUAAGCUGAGUUCCCCGAAAACAGCUACGAAGCGCAAGCCCAGCACAGAUGUAAUCGAUGCUGACGAGGACAUUACGGAGAUUCUCGACUCCUCCGAUGAAGAGGAAGCGGGACCCACCAAGUGCAAACGAUCGCGGCUGGAUGAGCAGCCGAAGCCCGUAGAGAUCAUCAAUAUUGAUUAAGAAAACAUUCUUAUAAGUUAUCAGCCACAUUCUACGAUGUUUCAGUUUUUUUUCACAGAAAUGCAUUUCUUUUAUUUAAGCCCCAUUUUCAAUUUGCAUCUGUUAAACAAGUUUUGUAUUCCCUUUUUAAAGAAAAUAAUCUAAAAGAAAGCUCCAUUAAAUAUCAAAAA